AUGGGGGUCAAACGCAUCUCGCUGUUUCUAGCGAAUAUUCUUCUUCCUGUCGCAGUGGUCCUGUUUGCUGGUGGGCUUUUUAUGGCUCAACCACCUAGCACAAUUAUUCCAUAUGCAUACAAGAAUAAGACAUCAGCACCAUUUGACAAGGUCGUCUUCAUGGUGAUUGAUGCUCUUCGAAGUGAUUUCGUGUACUCGAAUCAUUCUGGGUUCGAAUUCACCCAAAGUCUCAUCCGCUCAGGGUCCGCAGUCCCAUUCACCGCGCGUGCUAGCCCUCCCAGCCUUACCAUUUCACGAAUAAAGGCAAUGACUAUUGGGAGCAACCCAUCAUUCCUUGACGUUAUACUCAACAUCGCAGACGAUAACGACGCAUCUGAUCUUUCAAAUGAGGAUACCUGGCUCUCGAGGCUCAAGGCUACCCUACGUGGGAAACUAGUAUUCUACGGAGAGAAUACCUGGCUUCAGCUAUACCCAGAUGUAUUCGAUCGGAGUGAAGGUGCUUCUGCAUUUUUCGUCCCAGACUUCACAGAGAUUGACAAUAAUAUCAAAGUCCACGUCACUCCUCAGUUGAGGCUUCAAGACUGGUCUGCCUUGGUAUUUCAUUUUCCUGGAAUGGAUCAUGUCGGUCAUACUGGUGGGCCAACGAGUCCUCAUAUGCUUCCCAAGCAGCGGGAGAUGGAUCUCAUUAUCCAGGAGAUUUAUGAAGCUAUUGAUUCCCAGCCCCAUCUACAUUCGACUCUCUUUGUUGUUGCUGGUGACCAUGGCAUGAAUCAACAAGGGAAUCACGGCGGCUCCUCUGCAGGAGAAACUUCCCCGGGAAUGCUCUUGAUAUCUCCCCGCUUCAAUUCUCUUUCCACUGAUAGAAUUGCUCCAGCUACUCCUCAUAACAGGGAGUUCGACUUCUAUUCUGUUGUUCAGCAGCCUGAUAUUGUCCCUACACUAGCCGGCCUACUAGGCUUUCCAAUUCCUACCAAGAGUGUGGGAAUUUUUAUGCCGCAAUUUCUUCCCCUCUGGGAAGAUUCUGCUGAAGGCUCACAGUUGUUACUGGAAAACGCUCAUCAGUUGUUAAAUCUGAGGGGAAGCAAAACUGAUCCCACGAGCAACGCUGCUCUCGAGAGAAUUGAGUCUCGACUUUUUAUUGAUCCUAACUCGACUGAAGUCAUGCGUGACUUGUACCGUUUGUGUGAUAAAAUCCAGAGCGCAAUGGCCACAACGACCGUGAAUCCGAAUUUUCGUCUUCUCUUCGCUGGUCUUUUCAGUGCAUUUCUUGCGAGCAUACUGCCCUACAUCAGAUCGAGUCACACGAAACCAGGGCUAAUCCAAGCCUUUUUGCCUGUGGCUUACAUUGCAUUCUAUACGAUGGCCAUGAUGAAUGAGAAUUAUGUCAAACAAGAAGAUAAGUUUUGGUAUCCAGUUUCGCUGCUCUGGCUAGGAUAUCUUGGCUAUUCUAGUAACUGGGGCACUGGGAUUUCUGGCCACGUCAUGCCAGUUCUCCUGCAAUUCUUGGUUAUUUCUUGGACCCAGAGUGGAGAUGCAACACAUUUUUUGCCUCAGUUGAUCCAGACAUUUAUUUCUCACUAUCCAAUCCUGCUGUGGAUUUUGAUGGGCUGGACAUACAUCACAGUCUCUGCUCGACUUAACAGAUCACUAGCAAGCGUCAGCUCUGUCACUAUUCCUCGAAAACUUCUCACAACAACGCUUGGAAUACUUUCUCUUUCGUUUAAAUUUGGGUCUGCGACUCUCAACAAUCCCGAUCUUGUCUCAUUUGCCACUUCUCGGGCCCUGGGCUGGGUAAGAGAAGUGAAUUUAGCACUUACCGCGAGACUCAUUCUCUCCGUGUGUGGAGGUAUGCUUGUUUUUUUCCUUAUACAAGGACACAGGCAUAAACGAAUUUCAAGUAAGGUGCUUAAUUUUAGGAUGACCAAAUUCUCAUUUCAACUCCUAGUUUCGAAGAGUCAAAAUCUCUCAGUCUCACAAGUUACUUUAACCACCAUUAUCCUCUCCCAGGCAUCCUUCUUUGCAUUCGGUGGUAGCAACACUAUUGCUUCGAUCGAUUUGACAAAUGGAUUCAAUGGUGUGGAGGCAUACAACUCCAUUGCAGUCGUCUUGCAGACACUUUUUGCCAAUUGGGCAGGUCCUACUUGGUGGGCUUGUGGAGGAAUCCGGAUACUAUGUGUUGUCAAUCAGCCAGACCCGCCAUGCACGCCUUCUCCGAGAAAGCUUGCGAAAGAAGCCAUGAGCAUCACGGACGAUGGAUCUUUUGAUUUCUAUAUGGCCAUCCAAACGACAUUCGUCGCCCUCGGUCUUGCUGCGGUUAUGGUUGCUUGUCUUGUCGUUCACGAUACAGCCAUCAUGUGGACUUUUUUAGCUCCCAAGUACAUUUUCGCUAGUCUAUGGGUGAUAUUUUACCAUUUGAUAGUCACCGCUGGGCUAUUUGGUAUGAUUGGAAAGGUGACGGCGGUUGCGGGCUAG